AUGACUUUUUCGGGAAGGAAGACUAUUUUAUCAUCCUCUUGGGCACACUAUAGGAAGUUUACGAAGUUAUACAGUGGUGGGGAUGUUGUAUAUUGUCAGAGUUCAGGAAUUCUAUUAACAUUAUGUGAUGGAUGUAUCUUGGCAUCGGAUAUAUGUAAGAGUCCUUUUGUUUUGGGUAGUAUAGGCCCAUAUAAUGAUAUUUAUAUGACUACAGAACAUGCAGAGGAGGUUAGUUUUUUUGCUUGUAAUGAUUUAGAUAAUUCUACAAUAGUGACUAUUGGUGCUAGAGGGAUUUUUAGAUCCUGGUCUAUGGAUGUCAGUACUGUAGAAUUAUCAGAGGAAAAAAAGGUGAAAUUCUCAUUUAUAAGAUCAUGGAGAUCUGUACAGAAGUUUAUUAAUAAGAUUUGUUUUGAUAAAACAGGUCAAUACAUUGCUUGUGGCAGCAGUGAUGGAAGUAUUAAAGUAUAUGAUUCUACUGGUGGUUUUGUAACUCAUUCAUUUACAUGUCACGAAUCUGCAAUUUCAAAUUUAAAAUUUCACUCCUCUCGUUGGCUUUUAUUCUCGAGUUGUAUUAAUGGAGUGAUUGGAAUCCAUGAUUUAACUAUAAAUAGAACAAUAUUAAGGAGUGAAGAUCAACACUUUGGUGUUAUUAAUUCUAUCGAGUUGAUUAAUACUGUAGCAGGUAGCCUGGGAGGUUUAGUUACAGCUGGCUCUGAUAAUAUAAUUAAUAUAUGGGAUCUUGAUCAGCUAAAAGAUUCAGGAACUUUAGGGAUUUUAUCUUCAAAUCCAGAAUCAGCCCCAAAAAAGAAAAAAUCUAAAAAGAGCUCAGAAUAUAGUAAAUUAAUACCAAUUAAACAGAUACAUUCAUCAGAAACUGUUUUUUCUAUUCUAUGUUGUAAUACUAACCUAAUAGCAGACUAUAAAGACUAUAAAUGUCCUUGGGUAAUUAUUACUGGCAAUGAGAAGACAGGACUAACAAUUUGGGAUCCUGUUUCUGGGGAAACUCUAGGAAUUUUGAAGUGCAAUGAUUAUGGGUGCACCGAAAGUAUAGUAUCCAACAUAUUUAUGUGUAGGGAUCAAGAUUUUGGUAUUAGUAGUAAUACAAAUAAAAGAGAUUUUCUUAUUUUAACUAUGGAAGAUCGUAGAAUUGUUGUUUUAAAUUUUCCGGAUUUUACCUUAUAUACUAUUGUAUUAGGGGAAACUCCUGAUAUUAUUCAGGCAAAGUUUUUGAUUAAUAAGGAUGAACAAGAAAGUGAUACAAAUGAAGUAAAAGAGAAUGGCUUUAGAAAUACAGAAGGGGAAAGUGAAAAGGAAUAUCAACAAGAUGAACUAGUCUAUAGUAAUUCAUCUAAUAUGAUAGAAGAGAAUUUGCAACUAAGAUGUAUUAUUUUAAACAGCACGGAAGUACCAACUAUCAUGUCAUUAACUGAGCCUCCAUUUAAGACAAUUUCAUUAUUAGGGCAUACUUCUACUGUAUUAUCUACAGAUGUGUCAGAAUGCUGCAGAUUUAUAGCUACAUCUAGCAAAGAUGAGACUAUAAGAAUAUGGGAUACUAAAGAUGGUUUCUGUUUACUAACUUUAUCGGGACAUACAGAUACAAUAUCCAGCGUUGCCUUUCAGAGAAAGAAAUUUAUAAAAGGUCCUAAUAGUAAAUUUUUUGUAUUUUCAGGAUCUAGGGACAAAACAUUAAAAUCAUGGAAUAUAGGACCAGAAUUAACAAAGGUUUUAUCAUAUAGAGAGAGGCAAAAUUUGCAUAUAUCCAAUGUUAAAGUGAAAGAACAAGGAUAUGAAGUUAAAAAUAUAAUGGUAGAAUACAAUGUAAUAGCACAUAAUAAAGAUAUAAAUCACAUUUGUAUAUCUCACAAUAACAAAAUUAUAGCGACAUGUUCAGAAGAUAAAACUAUUAAACUGUGGUCAUUUCCUGAUAUAGAACUCAUUGGAACAUGUAAAGGGCAUCUUAGAGGAGUCUGGCAAUGUUCAUUUUCUCCAAUUGACAAGGUUAUUGCAUCUGCAUCUGCUGAUGGGACCACAAAAUUAUGGAAUAUAGACAAUUUUAUGUGUAUUAAAACUUUUCAAGGGCAUGAUAGUCCUGUACUUCAAGUCUCAUUUCUUCAAAAUGGUCUGCAACUAGUUUCAAGUGGAGAUGACGGACUUGUAAAACUAUGGAAUAUUAGUACUAGUGAAUGUAUAGCCACAUUUUCAGGUCAUAAAGACAAAAUAUGGACUUUAGAUAUAUUUACAACUCCUCAAUACUCUUUUAUGUUAACUGGUGGAGCUGAUUCCCAAAUUAUAUUGUGGGAGGAUAUUACAUCAAAGGUUGAAGAACAAAAGAAACUUACUGAAUCUCUAAAGAAUGAAAAGAUAACACAAGUGGAUGUUUUAAUUAAACAGAAUAAUUUGAUUGAAGCUUUGAAUUUGGCCCUUGAUCUUAAUCUUCAACUAAAAACUUUUCAAGCUCUUGAAAAGAUCUUGCAACCUAAAUUUAAUAAUUUCUUUUCUAGUAAAAGUUUAGAUGGAAGUUAUAAUUUAAGCAAUUACCAAGAUAAAAUUGAAUUAGCUAGGAUUGAACAAAUAGAAUAUAUAGGGGGUUUAAAAGAGUGGUUUAGGCAACUAUCAGUCAAUCAAAUAGCUAUCAUACUUAAAUUUACGUUAGAGUGGGUCACAAUUCCAAAAACUGUUUGGUUAGCCAAUACUGUAAUGAUUUUUAUUCUUUGCACUAUAAAUCCAUCUGUCUUAUAUAAAGUUGAAGGAUUUACACAAAUAUCAGCUGCAUUUAGAGCAUAUAAUGAAAAGUAUAAAUCUCGAUGGUUGAGUUUAGAUCAGAAGGCUUAUUUGUUGGAUUAUUUAUUUUUACCUAAUCAGUUUACUAACAAUUCCAUCAUAAACAAAGAUAUUAAUAAAGACAGUUCAGAAUUAACAAGUGGAAUACAAAGUGCUUUUGAAACGACCUUAAAUAUUUUAUUUAAUAAUGAUCAGGGAUAA